UAUGAAAAGACUAUGGAAGUUUGGUUUGGUAGUGAAUAAUAGAGUUUUAUAGUUAUCUUUGAGUUUGUUUUGAGGGAAUGUAGUAGGAAAAGUUGCAGUCUUCUGUAAAACAGUUUUUUUUGUUUGAAUAAAUUUAAAAUUCUUUUAAAAAAAAGCAUGAUUUCACACAUGUUAUAUCAAAUCCUAAAGUUAGGUAUUGUUUUUGAACUUAUCAAAUUAGAUGUUCCAGAUUAAUAUGUAUGUGCACUAUACUUUUAAAAUUAACUAUUGUUUUGAUAAUCGCUCAAUUUUAUAUACUCUCUAUUCUUAGAAAAUAAACGUUCUAAAAUAUCUAUUUGUUUCGAAAAGAUGUAUAUUUGAAUUGUAAAAUUUUCAAAGAAUUAUACUUUUUGAAAUACUAUUGGUUGGGAAUUGUGAAAAUUGGUAAAUUAAAAUAUUCUUUAUCAAAAUUUACUAUAUAUCUAAUACACAUAAACAUAAUUUUUUCAGGAACAUAUAAAUAUUUUAGAAUAAUUUUUAAUUUGGAAAACAAGCAUAACACGUAAUGACGUAAAUGGGCAGGAAAACUAUAAAAAGAAAACUAUUUUGUCCUGAUCACCUUAGUACCUCUAAGAACUAAGAAGAGGUCUCGCUAAUGAGGUGAUCCAAGCAGUACUUGUACAAGCACUUUGACGAACCUAAAAGAUGGAGACAACUGAGAAAACACGAUGGAAGUGGCUAACGGAUUAGCUAUAUGUCCUUGUCAAUGUUUUACAACAAGUUCACGUUUUAAAAGUUAACCUACAAUAACAUUGUUAGAAGACUGGAAUUAGAUUCCUUUCUUCGCAAUUACCUAAAAUUGUCUAACACUAAAGCUCAAUCUUUCAGAUAUUCUUAGGAAAAGUUAAAAGUAAGAAAAUCAAACAAAUACUACGGCCAAAAAGAAAAAGAAAUCUUAAACACUUCUUAGUAAAAAUGGUCAAGAAUUAUAGGUUACUUAAAUUCUUGUCUUCCUUUUCCUGUUCUUUUAAACCUUCCUUCAAAAACAAGUCACCAUUCUUUAAGACAUUUAAAGCUCUGCCCUGUGUUUCUUUUUAGAGAAAUUAUAUACGACCAGGUUUCCACAUACACAAAUAUAUAAUCUAUUUUCUUGAGGUAGAAGCAACCCAGUAAUGGAUACCGAAAAAGGCUAUCCCAGAGGUUUCAGAGCCGACAGUAUACGAUCAGAAACCGGCCGUGGUAGCUUCCGGUCAGAUAGUAUGCAGUUCGAUGAGCCGCACGAGCUACCACAAGAGAAUUCGACUAAUCUCGUCCUCUUCAAGCACAUAGACAGUGGUAACUUGGAAGCCACGAAAGAUUUCUUGGACCGAAACCCUGAGGCUAUAACCGCAAGUUUAACCUCUAACGGAGACAGACCGAUCCACAAAGCUGUUUUGUCUGGUCACAUCAAGAUCGUGGAAGAGAUCGUUAAACGAAUUCACGAUCCAGUGCAAGAGUUGGUGAUCAAGAACGAUGACGGUUACACGGCGCUUGCUUAUGCUGCGACAGGUGGGAUUGUCAGAAUCGCAGAGUGUUUGGUGAAGAAAUGCCCUCGUUUGGUUAGUGUUCGGAAUGCUAAAGAACAUAUACCGAUCGUGCUGGCUUCCUUAUACGGUCACAAAGAUUUGGUUCGGUAUCUUUACAAGCACACACUACUCAGUGAUCUUGAUCCUUGUGAUGAGUUAGAUGAACACAAGGGCAAGAACGGAGCGAUGCUCGUGACAAACUGUAUUGUCGAUGGACUAUAUGGUAUUGCUUUGGAUCUGAUUCAGAGGUAUCCUAAGCUGGCUUAUACUAGAGACAGCGAUAACGAUACAGCGAUCAUUGCACUUGCUCAAACGCCUUGUGCGUUCCCUAGCGGUACCCAUCUUGCGUUUUGGCAACGUUGGGUAUAUUCUUGUAUUCACAUAGAGAAGAUUAAUAACCCUCAUAACGGUCUGAAUGAUCAUCACCAUCAAUACAGGAAACCACAAGAUCAUAAUUGGAUUCAAGAGAAACUGUUAAAAUACCUCAGAUUUUUUUUUCCACACAUAAGAAAAGUAUACAAACUAAAGCUAGGGCAUGCUCAAGCCAAAGAGAUACUAAACUGUAUCUGCCAAGAGAUACCUAACUUUGACGCCACUCAACAGAAGAAUGCUGGUCUCAACCAAGCUCUCUUCAAGGCGGUAGAGAAUGGUAUUGUCGAGUAUAUCGAGGAAGUGAUGAAGCAUUAUCCUGAUAUCGUAUGGUUCAAAGAUAAUUAUGGUCUUAACCUCUUUUUCUAUGCGGUAAGCCAUAGGCAAGAGAAGAUCUUUAGCCUCAUUUACAAAAUGGGCGCCAAGAAAAACAUCCUUGCUACAGCUUGGGACAAACUCCAUAAUAAUAUGCUUCAUCACGCCGCGUAUAAAGCCCCAGUUUCAAGGCUUAAUCUCAUUCCUGGUGCUGCUCUUCAGAUGCAAAGAGAACUACAGUGGUUUAAGGAAGUGGAGAGGCUAGUGCAACCGAAGCAUCGAAAAAUGGUUAACUUGAAGCAGAAGAAAACUCCACAGGCUCUCUUUAAAGACCAGCACAAGGAGCUAGUGGACCAAGGAGAGAAGUGGAUGAAAGACACAGCCACUUCUUGCACAGUCGUCGCAGCUCUGAUCACCACAAUGAUGUUCUCCUCCGCCUUUACUGUCCCCGAUAGUUACAACGGCCAGGGCAGACUCUUCAUGAUCUUCCUAAUCUCAGACGCUAUAUCUCUCUUCACCUCAUGCAUGUCUCUGCUCAUGUUCCUCGGCAUUCUUAAGUCUCGUUACCGCGAGGAGGACUUCCUUAGAUCGCUUCCGACGAAACUGAUCGUGGGUCUUGCGACUUUGUUUCUCUCGAUGACGACAAUGAUGGUGAGUUUUGUCGUGACGCUUAUGACUCUGGUUAGAGGGAAAACGCCGUGGGUUUCGGCUCAGUUUAUGGUUCUCGCGGUUGUCCCGAUUGGGAUGUUCGGUGUUCUUCAGUUUCCUGUGCUACUUGAGAUCUUCUGCUCGACUUACUUCCCUAGAGUUUUUGAUAAACCUCGCGAGUCUCGGCGAGUGUCUAAGCUCUUCUGGAGAAAAUAAUGUUGAUAUGAAUAUUUAUCACCCUAGCCAAUGUUAUGGAACACAUGAGCCGCAUGCAGCUACUUCGUCAACGAGAUGUGAUCAGAAGUUUGCUCGACCCAGUUUUCUAUUCAAUUAUCAAAUUUUUUUCUGUGACUAUAGAAAUUGUUCAAAUAAUGGAGAAAUAAAAAGAUGAAUUUUUUCUACAA